UUUCUCAAAGCUCUUACCAUCCCAUUUCUCAUUGAUCUUUUAGCAGUAUAUAGGUAUCUAAUGUGACGAAUUCGGAUAUCAAGACCUCGCGAUUUUCGACUCUCAUCCUUAGCCGCGCAGCCUCUAUAGUACCCACGUACUUGUCGUCAGCCUUGUCACCGAAGUCAGCGACGAAAGGAUGGUCUUCGGUGGUCUUGGGUAUGUCGUGCAGAAUCGAGCGAUGAAGGCUUUACGUGCACGGUCACGGCAAGCAUCAAGCUCGACUGGAGACGAUCCUGCCCCAGCACGACAAAGUACAACAUCAACGCAAGGCCGACAUCGGACCGGCGCUGGUUACGAAUACCGCCCUUUACUGGCAUCUGGUAUAGUCCGAGUCCUGGUCCUUAGGCCUUACGAGUACGAUUCUUCUGAGAGCAUCAAAUGUGAUGUCCGACACACACGAAUUCUGACGGGCAGAUAUUGCGCUCUAUCUUACGAAUGGGGACCGCCUGCGGACGACGAUCCGAAGAUUCGCCUCGAUGGCCACCUCACUGUUGUUCGGCGUAAUCUCUUCCAGGCUUUAUUAUCACUUCGACGGCGCUGGCAAUACGAACAGCCUGCCUGCCGUGAGAUAUGGAUAGAUGCUUUGAGCAUCAACCAGGCCGACAUGCAAGAGAGAAAUCACCAAGUUCAACUGAUGUCAACGAUAUAUCGACGAGCCAUCCAGGUGUUAGUCUGGCCAGGGUAUUCUGAAUGUCGCAAUCAUCAUGCUAUAGCAGUAAUCAACAUUCAAAAUUAUGGGAAUUAUACAGAUGCUGACGAGAUGUUGGAGUCCGUUCCUCCGCUACUUGAGCUGUGUCUAAGAUCAUACUGGAAUCGUGUCUGGAUCCAACAGGAACUAUACCUUGCCAGACAUAUCUUGAUCAUGUGGGGAGGGGACAAGUACAUACGUUACGAAAGCUUCGAUCACAUGUUGGCCCUCAUAACACGAUCCGAUAGUCCUGUUGCUAGGGACAUGUCUGAAGCGAUUGAACAGAGUGCCGCCAACGCAAUCGUGACGAGGAAACGGCUGUCGAUAGACUCGAACACUUUGGUAACUUGGUUGAGAAUGGCGUGUCAAAGAGGACUCGAAACGUCUGAGCCACGCGAUCUCAUCUACGCUAUGUUGGGUAUCAGCUCUGAUUGCCAGAUUGGAGGUCUGGAACCGGACUACGGCAAGCCAUUACUGGACGUGUAUCUCGAAACCAUUGUGUUCUGCGGAUUGGACAGACCUGGGUUGGAGAACGAGCGGUUCCGACAAACGCUAGCUGAAUACCUUGGUCUGCUAUGGAAUGACGGCAUGGAGAUGACAACGAGGAAAUAUUGCGCGACGGUAUCUGGACCGCGUAGGCAAGGAGAGAAGGCUGAGUAUAUCGCUGGUCCUUCGACCGUUUAACAACAAGCCUGAAGAAUACAAGCACUCCAAUGUCAUCAGGGUGACGCUUGUGUGCAUAUUGAGGACGUUCAGGCUCACCCAUGGCAUUGUCAUUGGGCAAAUGUGCGGACAUCACGACACAUCCAAUGUACCCUAUUUUGCGUUCGUAUCAACGUGGCAUAAGUAUAUGUAUGCUUUGUUUAGUAUAUCGUGUAGAUAUGAAACCACGAAGUUCACUGUCACAUCAAAUAAGCAUGACUAGAUGUCGCGAAU